CCGGCAGCCCGGCCCGGCGGCCUGAGGCCCCAGGCGGGGACCGCGCGCACCACCCUGGGCCGGGAGGACGGGCCCGCGUCGAGGGUCGCGCUCCACGCCCCCGCCCUUCCCGGCCCUCCUUAGUUUGAUCCUUCCUGUGCUGGGGAAAGCGGCUUGUUUAUUGGUGAGAUAAGGCUUUUCUUUGGGAAAAAAAGAGACAGGCUUGAUCGAGGUCAGUAGAGUUUGGGAUUCUUGGCGUGGACUGUGGUAGCGUGAGACGGUUUCUGGUCCGGUUUUGUAGGGUUCGCGGCUCCGGGAGGUGGCUUGGGAGGCGGGGAAGCCAGGGUGGUGGGUCCCCAGGCUUCUCUUCUGUCUCGCAAAGUUUGAAGAUCAAAGUCUCGUCGGAAAAGGAGGCUCAGAUGAGCCCCUGCUGACUCGAGAGAGAAAGAGAGACCACGCUGAUCGCUGAGAGGAGCUGGAGGAAGAAAACAAUUCCCAAACUCAGUGAGAAGAGCUGGCUCACCAUGAGUAGUGCUGUGUUGGUUACUCGCCUGCCAGACCCCAGCAGCAGCUUCAGGGAGGAUGCUCCCCGGCCCCCGGUUCCGGGGGAAGAAGGGGAGACCCCACGCUGCCAGCCCGCGGUGGGGAAGGGCCAGGCCACCAAACCCAUGCCGGUCUCCUCCAACACCCGGCGGAACGAGGAUGGGUUGGGGGAACCGGAGGGACGGGCAUCUCCGGAUUCCCCUCUGACCAGGUGGACCAAGUCCUUACACUCCUUGUUGGGCGAUCAAGACGGUGCUUAUCUCUUCCGGACUUUCCUGGAGAGGGAGAAAUGCGUGGAUACUUUAGACUUCUGGUUUGCCUGCAAUGGAUUCAGGCAGAUGAACCUGAAGGAUACCAAAACUUUACGCGUAGCCAAAGCGAUCUACAAAAGGUACAUCGAGAACAACAGCAUUGUCUCCAAGCAGCUGAAACCCGCCACCAAGACUUACAUAAGAGAUGGCAUCAAGAAGCAACAGAUUGAUUCCAUCAUGUUUGACCAGGCGCAGACCGAGAUCCAGUCGGUGAUGGAGGAAAAUGCCUACCAGAUGUUUUUGACUUCUGAUAUAUACCUCGAAUAUGUGAGGAGUGGGGGAGAAAACACAGCUUAUAUGAGCAACGGGGGACUGGGGAGCCUAAAGGUCGUGUGUGGCUAUCUCCCCACCUUGAACGAAGAAGAGGAGUGGACUUGUGCUGACUUCAAGUGCAAACUUUCACCCACUGUGGUUGGCUUGUCCAGCAAAACUCUGAGGGCGACCGCUAGCGUGAGGUCCUCGGAAACGGUCGAAAAUGGAUACAGGUCCUUUAAGAGGAGCGAUCCUGUUAACCCGUACCACGUAGGUUCCGGCUACGUCUUUGCACCAGCCACCAGUGCCAACGACAGUGAGAUAUCCAGCGACGCACUGACUGACGACUCCAUGUCCAUGACGGACAGUAGCGUAGAUGGAAUCCCUCCUUACCGCGUGGGGAGUAAGAAACAGCUCCAGAGAGAAAUGCAUCGCAGCGUGAAGGCCAAUGGCCAAGUGUCUCUACCUCAUUUCCCGAGAACCCACCGCCUGCCCAAGGAGAUGACCCCCGUGGACCCCGCCGCCUUCGCGGCCGAGCUGAUCUCCAGGCUGGAGAAACUGCAGCUGGAGCUGGCGAGUCGGCACAGCCUGGAGGAGCGGCUGCAGCAGAUGCGCGAGGAUGAAGAGAAGGAGGGGUCCGAGCUCGUGCUGGGCUUGCGGGAGGGGGCGCCCCCCCAGCACCCCCUCUCCCUCCUGCCCUCCGGCAGCUACGAAGAGGACCCGCAGACGAUUCUGGACGACCACCUGUCCAGGGUCCUCAAGACCCCGGGCUGCCAGUCCCCCGGCGUGGGCCGCUCCAGCCCCCGCUCCCGCUCCCCCGACCACCACCAUCACCAGCCGCUGUACCACCCCCUGCUCCCCCCUGGGGGCAAGCUGCCCCCCGCCGCCUCGCCAGCCGGCUGCCCCCUCCUCGGGGCCAAGGGCUUCGUGACCAAGCAGACCACGAAGCACGUCCACCACCAUUACAUCCACCACCACGCCGUCCCCAAGACCAAGGAGGAGAUGGAGGCGGAGGCCGCACAGCGGGUGCGCUGCUUCUGUCCCGGGGGCCCCGAGUAUUACUGCUACCCCAAGUGCAAAAGCCACCCCAAGGCUCCGGAGCCCGGGCCUGCCGAGCAAUUCGGCGGCAGCCGAGGCAGCACCCUGCCCAGGCGCAGUGGCAGAGCCGCCCAGCCCGGCCCGGCCCCGGCCGCCAGGGAAGGAGCCGGGCUGCAGCUGCCCAGGGAGGACGGAGACAGGUCGCAGGAUGUCUGGCAGUGGAUGCUGGAGACCGAGCGGCCGAGCAAGCCCAGGCCCCAUAGUGCCCAAAGCACAAAAAAGGCCUCCCCGCUGGAGUCCGUCCGUGUGCCCCCCGCCGAGCGAGCCAGCCGGCACCACCUGUGGGGGGGCAGCAGCGGGCACUCCCGAGCCGCCGCCCGCGCCCACCUGUUUACCCAGGACCCUGCGAUGCCCCCCCUGACCCCUCCCAACACCCUGGCCCAGCUGGAGGAGGCCUGCCGCAGGCUGGCUGAGGUGUCCAAGCCCCCGAAGCAGCGGUGCUGCAUGGCCAGCCAGCAGAGGGACAGGAACCACGCAGCCACUGGUCAGACGGGAGCCGCGCCCUUCUCCACCCCCGGCCUGGCCGCAGAAGAUCACAAAGAGCCAAAGAAGCCGGCAGGGGUCCACGCACUCCAGGCCAGCGAGCUGGUCGUCACGUACUUUUUCUGCGGAGAAGAGAUUCCAUACAGGAGGAUGCUGAAGGCUCAGAGCUUGACCCUGGGCCACUUUAAAGAGCAGCUCAGCAAAAAGGGAAAUUAUAGGUAUUACUUCAAAAAGGCCAGCGACGAGUUUCCCUGCGGCGCGGUGUUUGAGGAGAUCUGGGACGACGAGACGGUACUCCCCAUGUACGAAGGCCGGAUCCUGGGCAAAGUGGAGCGGAUCGACUGAGUCUGCGGGUCUGGCCGUGGCCGGCCGUGCGAGCCCCACAGCGGUCUGGGACGGGAGCCACCGCCAUGCGACACAAAGAAGGAAUUUAAAAAAAUAAAAAUGAAGACAAAGUCUAGGGAAGAGCUGGCCACUGGGCCUUCGGAGGGUGGGGGGAGGGUGGUUUUUCAUUAUUCAUGGGCUGGGUACUGAGAUAAGAGCCUGAACUAUUUAUUAAAACCAUGACCACUCCUGGCUAUUGAAGAUGCUGACUGUAUCUGAGAGACGGCCAUCCGUAAUAUAUGACUUCCUAGGGACCUGGAACCCAUAAACUAAGAGAAACUGUGUAUAGCUUCCCUGAACAGGAGCCCUUACUGAUAUUUAUUGAACAAGUGAUAAUCCCUGCCCCCAGUUUAUGGAUAUGCUGCUUAAGCCACGGAAGGGGAGGCAGGAAGUUUUCGGGGUUCUAUCUAAACUUGGGAGCUGAGCUCGGGGUGCAGGGAUGGUUUCUUCGUUACCAGAGGGAUCGCGCUCCGCCCUGCGUUUUCUCCAAGUGAAGAUAGACGUUUCUAGUGGUGCCCUGCCAUUGACACGCAGAAAUCGGUGCAUUUUUUUUUUUUUCUGUGCUGCUGUAUUUUGUCAAAAAGGUCUUGAGGUUUGACUUACGUGGCAACAUCACCGCCACUUGGGGGUCACCUUGUUGGAUGUUCAUUGCUGAGUUGGGGGAUUCUUCUGGGGACCCCAAGUCAUCCCGUAACAUCCUCCAGCUCCCCACCAAGGCCCAGCGCUCAGUGCCUGAGGCCCGCAAGAACCUCGUGGUUCGCCGUGCGCUUAUUGGAAUAAAUCCUUCUAGUCCCCUUUUUUCCUUUUUUAACUCUGCGCCACAGCCAUUCUGGAAACUACCCCCUGCCCUGCCAAGAAGCGAAGAGCUGUGGGAAGACCUAGCAGCACCUUGUCCUCGACACCUUCGUUUGUCCUCCGGGUUUUGUAUUAAGUUAAUCUGUACAUUCUGUUUGCCCCCAUUACCUGUACUAUACGUCUGUAUAUAUCGUCCGGCGAAGGAGUAUUAAUCCACUAUCUCUAGUGCUUGACUGAAUCAGUACAGUACCUGUACCUGCACGGUGUCCCCAUCCGUGUGUCGCCCUAUAUUGAGGGCUCGAGCUUUCCCUUGUUUUUUGAAAGGGGUUUAUGUAUAAAUAUAUUUUAUGCCUUUUUAUUACAAGUCUUGUACUCAAUGACUUUUGCCAUGGCAUUUUGUUCUACUUAUACUGUAAAUUAUGCAUUAUAAAGAGUUCAUUUAAGGAAAAUUACUUGGUACAAUAAUUAUUGUAAUUAAGAGAUGUAGCCUUUAUUAAAAUUUUAUAUUUUUCAAAG